CCAUGACCAGAAGCCCCAUCAUUUGUGCGUUGUUCCCGGAUCGGUUCGGAAGAGCUUCUGAGCCACAGCGAUGGAGCGUCGAUGCCUACUCCUGCUUUUGGUCGCCUCCGCGGCUGGAGUGGCUGAAAGCAAGAGGGGCCGAGGAGACAAGGCUCAGUGCCGCAGCGAAUUCAGCGAGACCGAAGGCGUUAUAACCAACGGCAAUCUAUCAGCGAAUGCGACUUGCAAGAAGGUUCACAUCAAGAUCAACGCAGGAGAGCCGGUAACCUUCACCUGCUCCGAAUUCAGCUUCAGCAGCGGCAACGACUCGUACUGCAUGAUAGUCUCCAGCAAGAAGGGCGGCAAGAAAAGGAGAGGCGGAAGGAGCUCAGGCGAGGGAACCGACGACUCAUCGGAGCGAGGACCUCCGGCCAAUGGCCCUCUCGGGGGACCGCUCAGCCAGCUCCUCCUGAACCGCGAGAAGAGAUUUCUCCGGUACUCCAGAUAUUUCUCAGGUGACAGAGAGCGAGGGCGCGGAUUCAAAAGAGGUCAAAAGUUUUGUGAUGAUGAGGCCCCAACAGAUGUUGACAUUCCAAAUGGCAAAGCAAUGAUCAAGCUCGUGCCGAAUCGGAAGAGGAAAUCCCGUGGCAAGAAGGACUCGAAGCCAGUCCUCGACGCUGUGACCUUCACAUGCAGCUGGGCGGCGAAUUGAACCUCGCGUUUGCCUUUUGUCAUCAAUGGCUUUAGAGCCCUUUUUACCUAUAUCAUUUACGUUAAUGACACUAUUUUCAAUUCAUAUAAUUGCACAUCAUUGGCUUCACGUAUUAGUUCAUGAAUUCUGAAUGUAUGAGUAAUGUGACAGAGGCAUGUAAAAUUCUAAUUCUAUUAAAUCAUCUGCAAUAAAAUCAAGUUUCUAAAACUUUUGAGAAGGAAAUAAAAGGAUACUAUAA